GACUAAGUUCUCCCGGUGUGCGGAUGAUAGCUUGUUUGGGAGCAUGGACCACGUCACACAAUUUGUAGCAGCAAGAUUACCUGAGUCAUAUGACAAAACUAAACAAAAGAAGCUGCCAGGUAUGGUGCACGAAAUGUGUUCAACUAUUUCACAUGUAGUUGGGAAGCUUGUUUCUGGGAUUGGGAGGAUAGAUGAUGCGCAAGAGGGGACAAGAAGGUCAGAGGCUGUUCGUGUGGAAAAGAGCAGACAAGAACCUACUAGGAGAUCCAAACAAGCUCCAGCUGCUAGAGAAAGCCUAUCAAGUGAAGAAGAGUCAUUCAAAACUCACAGCGAGGAAGAUGCAAGUGACAGUGACAAAAUUGACGGGGAUAUAGGGGAUGAUGGGAGUGACAGUGACGGCCACUCAAGGGAUGAUGAUGGUGAUGACUUUGUAGUUGAAAAUGUUGGAUGCAACGACAACGAGGUGGGAGAAGCAACUUUUCAUGAGAGGGGAGCAGCAAUGGAUGAAAGCAAGGAGGAUACGGAGGACGAAGAGGAGGAGGAAGAAAAAAAGACGAGGAUGAAGAAAAGGAAGAAAAUGAUGACGAAGAAAGCAAAGACAAUGACAACGACAAUGACAAAGACAUCGGGGAUGAUGAUAUGCAGGGUGAUGAGGGAGACCUGGAUGACAACAAUUCUGGUGGCAACAGUGGCAAUGGCGGAAACAAUGGAGGCAACGAGGAUGCUGCAAGUGAGGAAACAGAGAGUGAUGACGAGCAAUCCACACUUCAAUAUUUACUUCAAAAGAAAAAGGAUACAAAGCCAAAGGGGCUUGACGAGGCAGUUAGCAUCUCUAUGAGAGAUGUUGUAAUGAUGGGCGAGGAAAGUUACUGCAAAAUGCCACACAUCCGCAUGUUCGAAGUGAAAGAAAUGUGGGAUCUCGACGUGGAGCCGAUUGCAGUGCUAGUGAACUAAAUGUUCCAAGAGCUGUUGAGAACAAAAGAAAUGGAACUGGGGAUUGAAUUCAACCUUGAGGAAGUCUGCCCCAAGUGGAUUCGCAAGAAAAUCAUGAGGGAGAUAGGGGUUGUACAUGAACCCAAGGAAGUUGGUGUACCACCACUUCCACCACCAAAGAAGAAAAGGAGUGUCAGUUUCGUGUCAGAGCCAACGGCGGUGACAGAGACAAUGGAGGAACUGCGAGCUAUGCGUGCCCAAAAUGGUCAAGAUCUGCAAGAUGGAAAGCAAACAAAGUCAGCCAUGAAGAAAUCUGGGCAUUUUCAGUUGCAACAUCAGGCAAUACAUCAUUCAAAAGAGGCAUGUCCUAGCACACAUAAGAACCAGCUUGAAACCAAUACAGCAUGAAGCUCAACAGCACGACACUCAGAUCUCACUAGGGGAAAAGAUGCAAAUGUUGUAGUUUCACCAGGAACAGUUCCAAAACAGGAAGCAAGUGCCUCACAAAUUCUACCAAGUCAUUCUAGGGAGGAAGCAAGUUCAUCUAUUUUUCAGGCAAGUGAUGCACAUGCAUCAGUUCAACCUACAGCAGGAGGAACAACUCAAAUGAAACAGGAUGCAUCAUUGCAAGUAAGCAGAGCAAUCCCUAGGACAAGCCCUAGUGGGAGGCAACCACUAAGUAGUCUAAGUGGCCAAGCACAAUAUCCUGAUCAAGGGAAUGGGAUGCAAUCAGCCAACGACACCCAGAGGGGCAAAUUGCUUCAUUACAAAGCACCACAACAUGCUGCACCAUUAGAUGCAGGUCAGGAGAACAUACCUCUAGUGUCAAUCACAGGGGUUGGAGGGAUGGAAGGUGUCAUCGGCGGCAACAUGAAACAAAGUUUGGAAGCAAAGUUUCUAAAAGCUCAGGGCAAGUUGCCUACUUUCAUAUCUACAGUUGCCCAAUCAUCCCCUUACCCGCAGCUGAAGGAUAUCAAUUUUUUUAUGCUAACAAGGAGCUCAGUCCACUAGAAAUAAAUGUUCUAGAUGUCAGUGAGCUCUUGUCAAGGUGUGUUCCCCCAUCUAGCAACGAUUUGCAAAGCAAGUCAGCAAAUCACAUUCCAGCAGAGAUGGAUGGACAACAUUUUCAGCAUAGCAAAAGUGAAAGCUCAAAUUUUGAACGUGAAUACUGCCCAGCUCCAAGUUUUGAUAUUUUCAAAUACGAUUUUCCUACAGCACAUGUAUAUGAUGGAGCAGAAUGAGUUGCCAGGGAAAACGUAUUGGCUGAGCAUGAGUUCUUACAGUAUCAAGUAACCAAGGAGCUAGUCAUUGAAAUAAUUGAAGAUGAAAAAGUUGUUAAUCUCGAAGGCAUAGAUGAAGUGUAUGCACAUGCAGAAGAACAGGCUAUGAACUGUGAGCUUGAGUCCCUGCAGUAUCAAGUACCCAAGGAGCCACUCAUUGAAAUAAUUGACGACGAUCAUGCCGUGGAUCUUGAAGGCAUAGUUAGGAACAUUUACCAGACACCUGAAAAAGUUGCCCACAACCAAGUAGUAGUGGGAUCAGGCAGUAAUAUUUAUAGCAGCAGUAGCUCAGGAGAGAAGGUCCCACAUCAAUUUGAGAGAAGGAUUAUCAAGCCACCUCCUUGCAAGAGGUCACCAUUCAUGGACUAUAACAAGAGGAAAGUGUACAUAUGCAAACCUUAAGUAAGCAGGCUAUAUGCAUCGGUUAUUCUGCGUGGGAGAUUGAAUGAAGAAGAAUCACCAUAUGAAGAUACUAGGUAUGACAUUUUUUGUGAGGCAUUUUUACAUGUUUUUCUAGGCAAUUAAAAUGCACUUUUCAGGCAAUUCAGGCUGUAUUCAUAGGCAAACAAAAGUAAAAGAAGCAGGCAAAAAUAGUACCAUAGUAACAUA